AUGUUUGACGAGUUCACGCCGCCCACGGACGACGAGGAGGCUGGCUCCACCUUCUUCAGCACCGCCGUCAAGGCCGUGCACAGCGCCCUCCGCAACAAGAUUGUCUGCUCCGACAAGGACCUCGUGGGCAUCGUCUUCUUCUCCACCGAGCAUCGCAAAGGAGACAGCGAUCCCGAGCACGUGUACAUCCUGCAAGACCUGGACGUUCCAUCAGCAGAGCAGAUUCAGCUCCUCGAGAGCAUCGCAGAUGGCGAGUACGACUUCUCGGAGCACAUUGGCAGCAGCGACCGCUACUCGCUCAACGAUGCGCUGUGGGCGUGCGGCAACCUCUUUUCCAACGUGCGCACAAAAGUCGAGACAAAGCGCAUUCUCCUCUUCACCAACGUCGACAACCCGCACAGCACAGAUGACGACCUCCGCCGGCAACUGGAGACGAAAGCGCGGGAUUUGACGGAUCUCGGCAUUGAGAUUGAUCUCAUGCACAUGUCCAGUGACGCCGCCAAGUUCAACAUGGACGCCUUUUACCGGCCCCUCGUCGUCAACGCUGAUGACGAGCCGGAGGCACAGGUGUCGCAGGGGUUUGAAUCGUUGCUUGCGCGCGUGCGGUGCAAAGCGCAGAAAAAACGCGCACGGAUGACGAUUCCAUGGCAGAUUAGCGACGACUUUUUCAUCAGCAUCAAGGUGUACAACCUCGUCGGCUCGGCAACGAAAGCGUCAUACACGUGGCUUGACGGGCGGGACAACGAGGAAGUGACGAGUAAGACGCGCUUCUUCUGCAGCGAGACCAGCUCCCCUCUCCUGUCCACAGAUAUGAAGUACUCUUUCACCUACGGCGGCGAAAAGAUUGUGUUUGACAAGACGGAAGUGGACCAGAUGCGCACGUUCGGUUCGCCAGGGCUGCUGCUGCUUGGGUUCAAGCCGCGGUCUGCGCUGCACAAAGAGUACAACGUCAAGAAGUCCAGCUUCAUCUACCCCGACGAAUCCCUGGUUGGCGGGAGCACGCGUGUGUUUGCGGCCUUUCUUGACCGCUGCCUUCGUCUCGACCGCGUCCCCAUCUGCCGCCUCAUCCCGCGUGCCAACAGCCCGCCGGAGUUUGUUGCGCUGCUGCCACAGGAGGAGCGGGUGGAUGAGGAUGGCAACCAGGUGGUGCCGCCUGGCUUCCACAUCAUCACCCUCCCCUUUGCAGAGGACAUGCGCUCCCUCAAGAAGAAGAAGGGACCAGAGCCAACAGAGGAGCAAGUUGGGGCGAUGAAGAAGCUGAUCAAGUCGAUGAACUUCACUGGUUUCUCGUCGGAAAAGUUUGAGAACCCGUCGCUGCAGAAGCACUACUCUGUACUCGAAGCGCUCGCCCUCAACCGCGACAUCACGGAGGAUCCGCCAGACCACACAAAGGUGGAUGUGGAGGAUUUGUCCUCCAAGGCGCGUGAACGGUCACGCAAGGUUGCCGAGUUGCUUUAUCCCGCCGGCUACGACCCAGAGAGCAUCGCCUCCGCCAAGGCUUCCUCCGCCAAGCGCAAGGCUGGCACAGGCGGCACUGCCAAGCGAGCAAAGACGACUGCGAGUGCAGAGGUCGACACGGCGCGACUGGCGACACUGCACGGCGAAGGAAACCUGUCCAAGCUGACGGUUGCGGAACUCAAAGCCGCCAUCCAGAGCAAAGGUCACGCCCCCCGCGGCAAACGGAAGGCAGACUUUGUGGAGCAGCUGGACGAAAUUUUGUCUGCUUGAGACACAGGGGAGAGGCGGAGCAUGAUGUGGUCUGGUGGGCAUGAUGACGUGCAAGUUUGCUCAUGUUGUUUUGUUGUGUUGCGUUGCUCUUGCGUGCUGUGGUGUUUUGUGUUGUGUCACUGCUGUUGCUGAUGGAGUAAAAGAACUCACCUGA